CUCUCAUUAACUGUAGAUGGAGCCUUGGGCUCAGCACAUAGAGACUUGAGGAAGAAAUCAUUUCUUCAAUUUUUCCUCUGCAGUGGUGGUGACCGUGGUGGCUUCAAAAAUUAUGGUGGUCAGAGAGAUUAUGGGCAGAGAUCAGACGCUGAUUCAGAGUCUGACAACUCUGACAACAACACCAUCUUUGUGCAAGGACUUGGAGAGGAUGUUUCAACAGAUCAAGUGGCAGACUACUUCAAACAAAUAGGCAUUAUAAAGACCAACAAAAAGACUGGCAAGCCUAUGAUAAAUCUGUACACAGAUAAGGAUACUGGCAAACCAAAGGGAGAAGCAACGGUAUCUUUUGAUGACCCUCCUUCUGCCAAAGCAGCCAUUGACUGGUUUGAUGGAAAAGAAUUCAAUGGCAAUGUUAUCAAAGUUUCUUUUGCAACUAGAAGACCUGAAUUCAUGAGAGGAGGUGGAGGUGGUGGACGUCGAGGUUCACGAGGUGGAUAUGGAAGAGGUGGGGGCUUCCAGGGUAGAAGUGGGGAACCCAAAAAUGGUGAUUGGGUUUGUCCUAACCCGUCCUGUGGUAACAUGAACUUCGCUCGCAGGAACUCCUGCAACCAAUGUGGUGAGCCCAGACCAGAGGAUUCACGUCCAUCAGGAGGAGAUUUCCGUGGGAGAGGUGGCUAUGGAGGAGAAAGGGGGUAUCGAGGACGUGGUGGCAGAGGUGGCGAUCGAGGAGGAGGCUAUGGGGGUAAAAUGGGAGGAAGGAAUGAUUUCAGAAACGAUCAACGUAACAGACCAUACUGAAGACCACUGUGAAUGUUUUGUUUGUCUUCUUGACCCAUUGGAUAGUGAAAUUGCCUGCCGCUUCACCCAUGGCCUCUUCAGAUAGUUGAACUGAGUGAAACUAGAUUUUUAUUUUGGUGGGAGGGACUGGGGCAGUUUGGGAGGAUUUUUUUUAUGCGAGACAUGGAAAUUUAAUCCUGAUUUCAACUUUCUCCUCUUUUCUUCCCUUCCAUACCUCUUCAACAGGCCCUAAGAAGGAAAAGGAUAAACUGUAAAAUAUUGCCAAAAUACAAAGUGUUUUGUAAUACAACAAUAAAUGCUGAUUGUUUUAUUUGUGAAAUCUUA